UGACAGAGAAACAACCAUGGCUGAGGCGGAGAGCGGCGAAACAACUUCUCCCGGAAUUUUGCAGGAAAUCUUCACGUCUCCGCUGAAUUUGACUUUAAUCGGCCUCUGCGUGUAUCUCAUGUACAAGAUCUUCCGCGGAGACAGGCCGGUAGAAGUUGUGGAGGCUGAGAAACCUUUGCCCAAGAUGAAAAAGAAAGAUUUUUUUUUAGCCGAGCUGAAGUCAUACGAUGGGGUUCAAAAUCCACGGAUCCUCAUGGCUGUUAAUGGGAAAGUGUUCGACGUGACCCGAGGGAAGAAAUUCUACGGACCAGAGGGUCCCUAUGGAGUGUUUGCAGGCAGAGACGCCUCCAGAGGCCUGGCCACCUUCUGUCUAGAGAAGGAUGCCCUGAAAGACGAACACGAUGACCUCUCGGACCUCAACGCCAUGCAGCAGGAGAGCCUGAUGGAGUGGGAGACCCAGUUCACCCAAAAGUACGACUAUGUUGGCAAACUGCUUAAACCAGUAGAGGAACCCACAGAGUACACGGACGACGAAGAGGUGAAGGACAAGAAGACUGAUUAGAGGCACCGAGUCUGAGCAGUGAACGGGGGAAAUCAUCCAGAUGCCUUAAAUCACCCUGAAUAAUGUGACAUUCGCUAUCUUGUGGGGGCAGAAGAGGGAAAAAAGAGCAUUUCAGGGUAAAUGCUUCCAAUGGUAUUUUUGGACCAUCCAUUGCAGGCUCCCAUCCAUCUCAGAAUAUCAACGGGUAAAAUCUGUCAGAUUCAAUGCUAACAUUUUAGGCACUGUAUCAUAUCAUAAAGCUGCACAGGCCAGUGAUUUUCAAAGUCUGGUUCGGGACCUGAAGUUGGGUUUUAGGGUGACUGAUAGUAAGUUAAUGGAUCUACAUAUUAUUCCUUAGACAUUGACAUCUUAUACAAAAGUGUUUUGCUUUACUGUUUCAAAAAAGUCGUUGAAAUACUGACUGUUAAUGUUCAUUAUAUAGGCUGACUAAAAUACUGUAGACUUGGUUUGCUGCCCCAAAAGGUGAAAGACUGAUGUACAUGUACCAAAUGACCGAUAUCAUACAGUUGACCACAGUCAACUGGACGUGGCUCCAGCAGAUUCCAGGAACAACAUCUGAGGUCUCUGUCCAAAAGAGUGUGGUCCUAGGAACAGCUAAGAUACUGCUCAGAACCCUCAAACUCCCAGGCCUCUGGUAGAGGACCCGAGCUUGAGGAAGACACACACCACCCGAAAAAGGGUGAGAGGGAAAUUAUAUAUAUCUGAAAUCCUGUUCAGAGUGCAUGAUUUAGAAUAAGCAAACAAAGCAGAAGAGUUUUGUUCAUUUUGCCCCUUUCAGACAGGUGUACAGAUGUUAUUAACAUUCCAAUUUGUCAAAUAUAUUUACUGACUGUUGAUUUGAUUUGUUCUGGCCCAAUAAUGGUCUAUCUGUUGAACUUAAGUGUGUUCAUGUGGUCCACAGAUCUCGCUGAACUCUGUUGGAGAUCGAAACUCAACAUUGACAAUUCAGUUUGCAUCAUCAAGCUGUUGCACUCAGUCCUUACGGUCCUGUAAGAUUACUGUUGUUUUAGCCAAGACUGUCUUGCUUUUUCAGAUUUAGCAAAGAAGAAACUUACUCAAUAGUUGGCUGCAUUCAUUCACGUUGUGAUGACUAUUAUCUGUUGACAAAAAGGUGUCAAGACAUCGAGUCUUCACGACUUUCCCAGUUUCUCACAGUUUUGAAUUGUUUGUCAUACCUGCUGUUUCACUAACAGAAAGGAACACAAAGUGAGAGAAAACUAUUUGGAAAAAUAAAGACAUAAAACCAAGGCAAA